AUGGCUCAGGGACACAUCAAGGGGCUCCAGAGGCAAAAGCCCUCGGCUACUCGCCAUGCAGCGAAGGCAGCAUCUCAGCCUAAGAAGGGCAAGCGAUACGCUGCGCCCAAGAAAGCGGCGGCGGUCAAGCAUGCGGCCAUGCACAAGGUCAGUCUGUCCCCUCUCGCAAACAUAGCGAAGAUCUUGGCCAUUAAACUCGUCCCGCAGGAACUGAGCGCAAAGAUCAACCGGAGCAUCGAGCAGCAGGUCGCCUCGGCCGCUUCCUCAGGCAAGCUGACCAUCAUGAGGAACGCAGCGUUGGAGGGGACGUCUUUAAAGGACAGCAAAGCCAAGAAGCCGUGA